AUGCGCUUCCUCCAUGUGCUUUUCUCGAUGGCCAUCGUCCUUCUCGCGUGGGUGAUGACCGUCGACGCGCUCAACAUCUCGGCCCACGAGCGCGAUGAGCUCACGCGCGACUUGACGCGCUGGCAAAAGAAGUUUGGCGACGACGACCACGUGCGCGCAGCCAUGGCCAUGGUGCGAGGGACCUUGACGACCGACGAUCUUCUCCGGCGCUUGAAGGUGGCCAAGGACAAGCUUCCCGCGUUGCAGGCGGCCAACCCGUACGCCACCUUUAGCCACUUGACCAAGUUUGCGCUGCUUACGGACAACGAGUUUUCGCGGCUCGUGUCGGGGUCAGCGUCGGCGCCGGUCAUACCACCGUCGCCUGCUUCCAUGCCAUCGAACAGCCGAUCGAACCGCAGUGUUGUCAGUGGCACCAUCAUCAACUCGGUCGAUUGGACCAAACAGUCGAUUUGCGUGCCGCCGGUCAUGACCAUGGGCAAGUGUCGAAGUGACUGGGCGAUCGCAGCAGUGGCCAGCGUGUCGUCGGCGCACUGCCUCGCAACCGGCGAGGCCAUCCAACUCUCGGUGCAGCAAGUCUUGGGCUGCACGUAUACGGGCGGCUUGGACCGUUGCUUGAUCUCCGGGCUCACGAUCGACGGCAUGCAGUGGCUGCUCCAGCAGCCCAGCGCCUUGUGCACGAGGACGGCGAUCCCAUACACCUCGGGGGCGACAGGAACGGUACUGUUUUGCAGCAACAACGCACACUGCGCCGGGCCGAUUUCGCUCCAGGUCGGCGCCGUUGAGGUCAUACAUGGCGAAGCGAAAAUUGCCUUGCAACUCCAGACGCAGCCCGUCACGGGUUACGUCACGGUCAACAACGACCCGUGGCGACUGUACGCUGGUGGCAUCCUCUCGUCGUGUUCGACGGUGGGCUCCGUCGACCACCACGCCGUGCUCGUCAUCGGCUACGGCGCAGAGGACUUUGGCUAUGGUACCAAGCCUAUCAACUACUUCAAGGUCCGCAGCAACUUCGGCCCCAAUUGGGGCGAGCGUGGCGACAUUCGGCUCGAGCGCGGUAUUAAUACCAUUAGUGGCACAUGCGGCAUCGCGUCGCACGCCUCGUACCCGGCGCUUCUCUUAUCAUAG